ACUUUAAAAAUUAAAACCCGUUACAGAACCCUCUAGUGUAGCCACCUCGCCGGAAUAUUCCAAAUCCUAGUCGCCGGAAUAUUCCUUUUCAAACUAUGGCGGCCUCAACAUCGAUUACCUUAUCAAAACCCUCUCUCCGCAACUCCAUUUCACUUUCUCCUUCUCCUUCUCCUUCUCCUUCUUCUCAGAUUACCUCAUUUCCAAAUUUUAAACCUACUGUGAACCGAAAUCCCCAAUAUUCAUUCUCUCCUUGCAUCCGCUGCAAUCUGCGCAAAAUCCGAGAUCGAAUAGAGACGGUAAAGAACACGCAGAAAGUCACAGAAGCAAUGAAACUGGUGGCGGCGGCAAAGAUUCGGAAAGCUCAAGAGGCGGUCAUCAAUGGUAGGCCCUUCGCCGAAGCCCUAGUCGAGGUUCUGUACAACAUCAACGAGCAACUCCAAUCGGACGAUGUAGAAGUCCCUUUAACCGCCGUCCGCCCGGUGAAGAAAAUCGCCCUCGUUGUUGUCACGGGCGAUAGAGGCCUCUGCGGAGGUUUCAACAACGCUAUUCUGAAAAAAUCGGAGAAUCGUAUAAAGGAAUUGGUGGAUCUCGGCUUGGAUUACACCAUAAUUAGCGUCGGAAAAAAGGGGAAUACCUAUUUCCGACGAAGAGAUGACAAAAUUGUGGAUAGUUUUGUGGAAGGAGGCAGUUUUCCGACCGCAAAGGAGGCUCAGGUUAUAGCAGAUGAUGUUUUCUCAUUGUUUGUGAGUGAGGAGGUUGAUAAAGUGGAGCUGUUGUAUACUAAGUUCGUGUCUUUGGUUAAGUCCCAACCAAUAAUCCACACAUUGCUCCCAUUGUCUGCGAAAGGCGAGGUUCGAGAUGUGAAUGGGAACAGCGUUGAUGUAGAGGGAGAUGAGUUCUUUAGGUUGAGUACUAAGGAGGGGAAAUUGAGUGUAGAGAGGGAUCACAGUGCAUCUAAAAGUGUAGCGAUUUCGCCUUAUUUGCAGUUUGAGCAAGAUCCUGCUCAGAUUCUUGAUGCAUUGAUGCCUCUUUACUUGAAUAGUCAGAUUUUGAAGGCACUUCAAGAGUCAUUUGCGAGUGAGCUUGCAGCGAGGAUGAAUGCUAUGAGUAAUGCUACUGAGAAUGCUAUCGAGUUGAAGAGAAGCCUUUCCGUUGCUUAUAAUCGGCAGAGGCAGGCUAAGAUCACUGGUGAGAUAUUGGAAAUUGUUGCUGGAGCGGAUGCACUUUCAUAGAAUCAUUUGUUUUGGAUCCUUAUUACUCCGUAUUAGAUAUUUGAAUCCUAUGAGAUGUUUGUGGAGGGUUUGGAUAAAGAGAUUCUGAAUUGUAUCUACUUACAGAGAUCACCAUACUGCCGAUUAUUCUGAUCUGAAACCUUAAAUGACAAAGCAUUGUACUUCAUUUUGAUUUCUUUAUCAAAUACAAAGUAAUUGCGAACAAUCUUCAUAAGUUGUGAAUUAUUCUUCACUUUGAUGGUGAUAUGAAGGUAGUUUUGCCCUCGUAAAGUGGAAGUUCAAAUUGAGCUGAUAUGAAGUUUCUUGUAACUUGUACAAAUAUGCUCGAGUUUUUGGUCCUGGUUGAUCUUUUCAGAACAACGGCUCCUGACUCCCGAAGGAGUUUUGGCAGCAUGCCCAACUUGGUGGUUAUAGUUCAAAAACUUUUGAUUAAAUCCUGUUUUGAUGAUGACUAUACAGAUGAUAUUGUGUAGCAUCUGGAAACACCCAACAAGUCGAGACAAUGUUUGAACUUGUCAAUAGUAACGGCCUUUGUCAACACAAGCUUAUAGCG